UACAUUUAUUUCUACUUCAUUCGUAUUAAUUUCCUUACUUAUACUUAUUUGAAACAGCUAUCAAAUAAAUUACAUGGGAAGUUGAUUCAAUUCCUCUAGCUGUAGUUAUUCCCGAAAAUGUGUUCUACGAGCAUAUUUUUGGUUUUUGUCAUUACGGACUAUUUGAUUUCUUCUUCAAUAAUUGGGAUAUCGGUCGCAAAUGGGCAAGAUGGAAACAUUGAUGUUGAUCAUUUUGGAGAUUUGAUAUCAACUUUAGAGCCAACAUUUUCAGAUGAUACGAAAGUGCGGCUUGUUGACGGACCCACAAAUUACGAAGGUCGUGUCGAGGUGUACAUAAAUGGACGCUGGGGAACAAUAUGUGAUGACCACUUCAACGCAGAUGCCGCAUCGGUUGUGUGCAGAAUGCUGCACAUAAAUGUAACUGAUGCCACUGUGAUACCGGAAGGUUUUUAUGGGGAAGGCAAUGGUACGAUCUGGCUAGACGAUGUUCGCUGCCUAGGAAAUGAGUCAAGCAUUGCUGAUUGUGCUCAUGGUGAAUUGGGGCGUACCGACUGUAAACACUAUGAGGAUGUAGGAGUUAUGUGUGCUACAGAUGCCAUCUGUCGUGCUGCUGAUUGGAGAGAUUAUGUUGGUGUGAAAGGUAAUAGAUCUCACCCCCAGUUCGCGUGUCUUAUAGGCAACCCGGAAUGCUACAAUGAUUCAGCGUGUCGCCUUCCCAACAUCAAUUAUGUUAGCCAUGUACAGUACGUAGGCUGCGGUGAAUAUGCAGUUGUUAUUUGUGAUAGUGGGUUUGUCGCUAGUUCUAUGGUGUUUGACUGCCUUGAUGACGAUGCCUGGGCGAAUGUCAAUUGCAUUGAAGAAGGUAACGAAAAAGACAACGGUUCAGUGAACGCUACAAGUGCUAAUGAAGAUAUUACCGCGGACACAGUGGUCCAUGACACAGGGCCAAUCACAUGCGCUGCAUCCAAAGAAAAUGGCGUGGAAUGGCCAGAAGCUCUUGAUGGGCAGAUAUCUCGAUACAGAUGCAGUGAAGGAUACCAAGGCGACAUUUACCGUCGUUGUCAACAAGGCAAAUAUCUGAACCCUGUUAACAAUUGCACAAGGAAGGCGAUACAGGAUUUAUAUGUCCAGGUGUUUAAUGGCUCCCUCAAUGCUACGGAUGCUUUGUUGAAGUUAAACCAGGAAACGAAUAGCUUGACAACUGCCAACGAGAAUAUGCCGACAGUGGGCGAUCUACAGAAUGUUAACCAGAUUCUUGAUAAAGUCAUUGAAGACAUCAAAAUCAAUUCUGCUACAAUCGAAAACGACACUGACAGUUUCUUCGAAGUUGCGAAUAAUUUACUAAAUGGGAAUGCGACAUCGUCUUGGAAAAGUUUAAUUAAUGACAAGGGAGUUGGUGCCGACUCAGUUAUAAACACAAUCGACCAUUUUAUAACGAAAGUUGUAAACUUUUCUAACGGUGAUUGGAACAAGACGUUCGACAAGUCAAAUUUGUUUAUAGAAAUAGGGCAGGUUGACAAAUGUGUAAACAUUAGUUUUCCGUCUGCUGCUGCCAGUACGACCGAUCAGAUCGUCGUCGGCUGUGGACAAGAUAUUGGGAAAAAGGUAUUUAGCGGCAGCUUGUUUAAAAGUAUUUCGGGAAUGUUGCCUACCUCUUCAAACGAUAUCGACUCGUUAGACAGAUCAAUCAACGGUCCGGUCUUGUCCUUUAGUUUUUACGGGCAUCACAUCAAGACUGAGAACGUCAGAAUGAGCUUCCAUCUUUUAAAUAAUAGCCUAACAAAUCCGUUCUGUUCCUUCUGGGAAACAAAUCGAAGCGGGAAAAGCCUUUGGUCUACUGAUGGAUGCACUUUGGAACAAUUUGAUAGGGAAAGGGGAACCGUGUCCUGCCAGUGUAACCACCUGACAAACUUUGCUGUUCUAAUGAGCCCCGCAAGUCCAUCUGAAACGGAAACUUUUCACCAUCGCCGUCUUGGAGUUUUGUCAAUUGUGGGAUGCAGUAUAUCUAUAAUUGGCUUGUUUCUUACCAUCACGACCUAUGUCUACUUUUGGAGAGUUGUACGUACGCCGAGGUCAGCUUUACUUGUCAACCUGUGUACGGUUUUACUUCUGGCAUACGUCGUGUUUCUGGCAGGGGUCAACAGCACUUCACAACAUGCCAUGUGCACGUCCAUUGCCGUUCUGCUCCACUACAUGUUUUUGGUUGCCCUUUUCUUGAUGCUAUCGGAAGGAUGUAUAAUUGCACAAAUGGUGCUUAGACCUCAUGACAAACGAAACGCAUUACAUGCAUUGCUUGGAAUUUCUUACGGAAUACCCCUGAUCGUUGUCAUCAUUUCUGCUGCAUCAUCUAAACUGAAAGGUUAUGGAAAUGACAAAUUCUGUUGGCUAAGCAUUGAUUUGGGACUUUUCUGGGCCUUUGCUGGACCGGCAUUGGCAAUCGUAUUUACGAACACCAUCAUCACAGUCGCUGUCAUCAAAAGGAUGUUUGGGACUUCCGCUUUGUCAAAACGUGGAGAUGCUGACAAGAUCAAGACCGGGCUACGUAGCGUGUGUGUCUUGUUGCCAGUGUUCGGGAUCACGUGGUUUUUCGGAGUGUUUGCUGUCAACAGAGAAACAGUCGUGUUCCAGUACCUCUUUGUCAUCUUCAACAGUCUACAGGGGGUCCUUAUAUUCGUUGUUCAGUGCAUUCUGGAUAGAAAAGUGCAGGAGGUGUUCAAAGCUAGGCGAGCCCGGUGGCAUGCACCAGAGGUCUCGAUCACUGCUACUGAAAUGAAAUCGAAAUCCUCGGCUGUACCAAAUCAAGCGUGAUGUCUACUGAAUCAACUGUAUAACUGACCAAUUUACAGACUAAAGUAUAUACUUACAGUCGAAUCUGUCAAUAAGUUGAUCAGAAGUAAAUAUAUUCGGUGUCUAUCGGGUAGAAAUCCCACAUAUGUUUAAGCUUCGUUAGAAUUACCUUUAAAUUGAAAAUACAUCUACAUCCCCUACAAAAUUGGACUUAAAAUAUUAUACAUAGGUAAUCAUUUGGAAGAGAAGUUUAGCGAACACAUGUUAUUUUUCUUUUUUGAUAUGUUUUUCUUUAUAUAUUCUCAGUUUUAGUAUAAUGAUGCUUUUUAUUAUGAAACUCUAUGACCACACAGUCUUAAACGUUUUAUUUUUUAAGGCAGAAUGUGUGUGAUGCUGCAAAAUAGCUGCAUCAUAUCUUUAAAAAGUUAUGCAAUAGGUACUCUUAAUUCUAUUCGUCCGUGUGCAUUUAGUGUUGAGAUCCAUAAUCAUUGAAGUACUUGGGGUUUCUAUUAUUUUAUUUUUAUUUGUUUUAUUAUUAAUUUUCCUCAAGUUAAUGCAAACUUUGAUAAGAUUUACAUUUUACGUUUUUACCUUAUUCAGGAAUGGUGGUAUAAGAGUGAGGUUUGUGCACGUAAAAUGGUUUAAACCCCAGGUAAAUUGACAUUUUACUGACCGUUCCAAGGCGGUACCUAACAAUUCUUGAUAAACAAACCUAUUGUUUUAUAUAGUAAAUGUGCACUGUGUUGUUUGCGGAGUUUUGUGCUAUUCUUAAAUGUUUCUAGUUUGUGAUUAUUUUGUUUUGUGUUCUAUGUCGUUGGCGUUUACCCUGUGCCAUGAAACGGGGUUUAUAACAUAAAGCUAUGUUUAAACUUUUGGCUACUCAGCUUGUUUCUGUAGUUUUUGCCCAUAAAUAUUCAUUCAAGGUGGAAACAUAUGAAAACGAAAUAUUAACUUGUUCCUACACUCUUUAAGAUACAAUUUAGUUCAUUCAAAUUUUUUUUGGAGACAUAUCAAGUGGUGAAUUCAACUGACUUAGUUAUCUUUGGCAUAUUUUUAAUUUAUAAUCGCUUUAGAACUGUCGAUAAUAAUGAAAUCUAACGACGAGUAAUUAUUUUGAAUUAUAAAUUACUCUUUAUCACAGUAAUGUUAUAUACUUGCAUGUUUAAAUUGUUAUUUAUUUUAUGCAAUUAUUUAUUGUAUAUGUCAUUUGAAUUACUGUUUCCUUGUUUACCAAGUCAGUAUCUAGUCAACUUUAAAGUAUUACAUAUGUUAUUCAGGUAUUUUUUGAAUUUAGUGCAAGAUGGUAUUUUAUUUCACGAGACUCAGUGUGAGUAGAAAAAAUAUAGUUUCACGACGCAUUUACCUUAUUAUUGCAGUCACGAUCAGUGCAAAACAUAUGUUGACAAAACAUAUCGUUUUUGUCUGUUGAAGUUUCUUAAGUGGAAUAUAAUCACCGUCAUCGUCUGAGCAGCGUUUGUAGUCUGACCGUUUGCAAGCUAGGGUAUUAAAGGUCGAAGCCAUGAGAAGAUUGUUCACCACGCUACGUUGAUGACAUUAUGUAGAUGAAAUGUUAGUCAGACUAUGUUUAUGGCUUGUUUGUUUGGUUAAUUUCCCAGUAAGGUCCGAGCUUCCUUAGUUUGAAGAUUUAAAAGGGGAUACAAUCUUAAAACCAAGUGUUCGAAUAUUUGUGUUUUGCAUUUUGCUCAGAAUUUGUAUUCUUUUGUACAAAUAUGAGCAAAUGAAAGAAAUUGCGCGACAAUGUUUACUAUUGCAGUUAUCGAUAGUAUGAUGUUUUUAUUUACAGAAAAUAUCUGUCUGAAGUCAUAAGUUUUUUUUCUUUAUUCAAUCACAAAUCAUUAUUUUAAUAAUUCUGUUGCUGCUAAAGUGCGGUGAUUCAUUGAAUUAAAUGAGAGUUACUACAUCCAAUCGUAAAUGUUUCUAUAAUAGCAUUCAAACUAGCGAUAAACUUCUUGUAUUGUACAUUGAUUAACAUAAGCAUUGCUAAAAUUGAAAAUAAAUGGUUAAAAAGCGACAACUCCUACAUUACCAUGGCAUACAAAUUUAUUUUUAUAUUAUUUAAAAUGAAGCUUGCUGCCGUGUUAUUUUGUGUUAAAAUUGCACUGAUAAACCCCGAUCCUCCACCAAAAUAGCCUAACACAAAUACUUAUUAUCAAGUUAUUUCAUUGUACUUAAUAUAGUGUUUAAUAUUUGUGUAUUAAUCUUUUAUUUUCGUUUUUCUUUUUACA